AUUGCAAUGGAACUAGAACUCUUGAUCGAAGGACUUUGUGGAAUCAUGAACUCAUCUCUGUAACAUUACUGGUGAAACUAAAAUUAAUAUCAAGCAAAACUAUUGAUUCUUCCACAUGCUUCUUCAGAUUGCUUACCCUAGUUUCUUCUGAAUAAUUAUUGAUGCUUCCAAAUGGAGCCAAACUCAUUCCCCCCAUUUCCUCGCGAAACCCCACCAAAACCCUACUCUCUCUCUUCCGUUUCACCAAAACCCUGGCUUCUAUCCACCAACUAAAUGCCCAAAUCCUUGUAAAUGGUCUCCACCGGUCUCUUCUCUUCGGUCCCAUGAUCUUCGGCGCCUACAUACAAUUGGGGUCUCUUCAUGUUGCGUCCAAAGCCUUUAAUCAUAUCACUUUCGAGAACCUCCAUUCAUGGAACACCAUACUCGCUAGCCACUCCAAAAACAAGUGUUUUUACGAUGUUGUACAGCUUUUUAAACGAAUGCUGAAAGAGGGGAAGCUAGUUGAUAGUUUCAAUUUAGUGUUUGCGGUCAAAGCAUGUUUUGGACUGUCACUUUUUCAAGGAGCCAAGUUGUUUCAUUCUUUGGCGAUCAAGUUGCGAUUGGAGGGAGAUCCGUAUGUUGCACCUGCCCUUAUGAAUGUUUAUACUGAGUUGGGUUCUUUAGAAGAAGCACACAAAGUGUUCGAGGAAGUUCCACUGAAAAAUUCAGUAAUUUGGGGCGUUAUGAUAAAAGGAUACUUGAAUUUCUCAGAGGAAUUUGGAGUUUUUGAGUUGUUUUCCAGAAUGAGACGCUCUGGAUUUGAAUUAGACCCGUUCGUGGUGGAGGGCUUGAUUCAAGCCUGUGGAAAUGUCUACGCUGGAAAAGAAGGGAAAACAUUUCAUGGCUUGUGUAUAAAAAAGAAUUUUAUUGAUUCUAACUUUUUUUUGCAGACUUCUCUAGUGGAUAUGUAUAUGAAGUGUGGUUUCCUCGACUUUGCACUCAAAUUAUUUGAAGAAAUUUCUUAUAGGGAUGUAGUUGUAUGGAGUGCCAUAAUUGCUGGAUUUGCAAGAAAUGGGAGAGCUUUGGAAUCUAUUUCCAUGUUCAGGCAGAUGUUAGCAGACUCGGUGACUCCAAAUUCAGUGACAUUUGCUAGCAUUGUUCUUGCUUGUUCGAGCUUGGGAUCUCUGAAGCAAGGAAGGAGUGUUCAUGGGUAUAUGAUAAGAUAUGGGGUUGAACUUGAUGUCAAGAAUUAUACUUCUUUUAUUGACAUGUAUGCCAAAUGUGGUUGUAUUGUAACAGCUUACAGAGUUUUCUGUCAGAUACCUGAGAAGAAUGUAUUUUCUUGGAGUACAAUGAUCAACGGAUUUGGCAUGCAUGGUCUAUGUGCAGAAGCAUUGAAUCUUUUUUAUGAGAUGAGAUCAGUAAACCAAUUACCAAAUUCAGUGACAUUUGUUUCAGUUCUGUCAGCUUGUAGUCAUUCUGGUAGGAUUGAAGAAGGAUGGAGCCAUUUUAAAUCAAUGAGUAGGGAUUAUGGAAUUACCCCAGUGGAGGAGCAUUACGCCUGUAUGGUAGAUUUAUUAGGUAGGGCUGGCAAGAUUGAUGAAGCUUUAUCUUUCAUCAAUAACAUGCCAACUGAACCAGGUGCUAGUGCUUGGGGAGCAUUGUUGGGUGCAUGUCGAAUCCACAGACGAGCUGAAUUAGCAGAAGAAGUGGCUAAGAAGCUACUUCCUUUAGAAUCUGAUCAGUCAGGUGUGUAUGUCAUGCUUUCUAAUAUUUACGCUGAUGUUGGAAUGUGGGAAAUGGUGAAGAAGACAAGGCUGAAAAUGUGUGAGAAGGGGCUUCACAAGAUUAUUGGAUUUACCUCAAUUGAGAUCGAGGAGAAGUUAUACUUGUUUAGCUCCGAGGAUAGAUUUGCUUAUAAAAACACCCAAAUUGAGAGUCUCUGGAAUUCUCUUAAAGAGCGCAUGAGAGAACUUGGUUAUGUGCCUGAUCUCAGAUUUGUGCUUCAUGAUGUGGACGAUGAGGUGAAGCAGGAAGUUCUUUGUGGCCAUAGCGAGAAACUGGCAAUUGUAUUUGGACUUCUAAAUUCUGGAGAAGGUAUGCCCAUUAGAAUCACAAAAAACAUGAGAGUUUGUGGUGAUUGUCAUACAGCAAGCAAGUUCAUUUCUUUGAUCACAAGAAGGAAAAUCAUAAUGAGGGAUGUCAAGAGGUUUCAUCAUGUUCAAGAUGGUGUUUGCUCAUGUGGGGACUAUUGGUAAUGAAGGAAGUCCAAGAAGGCAUCUUGACACAGUGAAUGCACUUUUUGAUAUAUUGAGGAUAACCGUGAGGCAGUGUGCGGGGCCCAUUUGUGAGUUUGAGCUUCAUUUUCGAGGGCUGAUUCAUUUUUCAUACCAGGCCCAGGCCAAGGAAAUUUAAGGAAAGCUUCAUCUGAGCUGGUACGAACCUCACCUCAUGGUGCUUUAUAGCUCCUCUUUUGCAGUGUACAAGAAGUCUUAUCUGUGGAAGCUUGGGACUUGAUGUGGUUUGAUAACUUCAGGAUUUAUUUAUGGAUUGCCAAAUGCUGCUAUACAUAGUAUAUGAGCCACAAUGGGGCACUCAUGCUGGCUGAUCUGACCCAGCCCAGGUACUAGUGGUUUCUGGGAAGAUGGUAACAGUUAUCGCACUUUCAAGACCAUGACAGAGUGAUCAUUUAGAUUGAUAUAUCUAAAAACAAUACAAGAGAGAGUACUGCAGAGGUUAGAGUCAGGAUUUGGCAUUUUUCUUAUGAUCCAAGGGAGACUUCCUCAUGAUUUUUCUGAAAAUCUUGAUACAAUAAAGAGAAAGUGACGACAGAGUCUUUCACGUAGGAAAAAGGUAACUCUUGUUCCAUUUUUAUAUAUAAAUAUAUAUUCAGAAUAGGAUUACAUGUGAUCUUCAACAUUGGAAUCAAAGGCUUAUGUUGUAUUUUGUGUUUUCAUGGCUUUAUUUUCAUGACUUGUUUGAUAGUUCUACCCUUUUUUUAAAUUUUGUUGAUUAAAAUUAUUUAUUCAUUUAUUUUUUAAGUUGA